CCUUGUGCCCUUGUGUCUCUCUGUUAAGGCAGGUUUAGGAUGAUAUCAGGGUGAGAUUUUCACCAAGAGUCUGGCACAUAAUCCGUGCAUCAUGGACGAGGAGUCCGAUUAUCUACGUGACGUGGAGGACAUCUUGAGGCGGUGCAGUGUCCAGCUAGGUGACGGGAAUCUGCCGGCGGAGUCAAGGAGGCGGUCAUCGCUCUGUGUUACUGAUUGUGGAAGUGUGUGCUUAUAUGAAAACCCAGUCCAGCUGCGGCCAGUCACCGAUGCCCCACCAAGCAACCAGCUGAUUGAUGAGGAGAGGCGGGGCUUGGCCUAUGUGGAGCUACAGAAGAAGGAAGGCUAUGGCCUUGGCCUCACUGUCUCAGGUGGGACAGACAAAGGAACAAGGCCACACAUCUCCAACCUCAGACCAGGAGGAAUAGCACACAGGUCAGACUCGCUGACAGUGGGUGACUACAUCCUGUCUGUGAACGGAAUCCGCACGGCUAACCUGAAGCAUGACGAGAUCGUCAACCUGCUAAAGAAUGCCGGAGAAAGAAUCAUUCUGGAGGUGGAGUAUGAGCUGCCAGAACUAGGUGGGACAUCAUUCAGUGUGCAGUGCAAGACGGCGGAGGUGGUCCUUGAACGGGAUGGAAUGGGCUUCGGAUUCACGCUCCGUGGGGGGAUGAAGAUAGACCAGAUGAGGGCCCAUCCCCUCACCAUCACCAGCAUCCGGCCCGGGGGGUCGGCUGACAGGGAGGGUUCACUGAAGGAGGGUGACCGCAUCAUCUUCAUCAACAACUACAAGGUGACACACCUCAGUCUGUCUGAAACCAUGGCAUUCCUGCAGCAGUGUGAGCAGGUCGCUACCUUCUCCAUCGAGUAUGAUGUAGCUGUCAUGGGUAAUCUGUACAAAAACGCCAAUGGCCCCUUGCUGGUGGAGAUUGACACAACACCGGGUCACAUCUCGAUCACACUGUCACAAAGUGCUCACUAGGGUCGCUGUGUUUGUGUCGAUACCAUCACACCCAUGAGUGUAGCUGACAGGAGUGGUGCUCUUCAUGUUGGUGACCAUAUUCUGGCAAUAGAUGGCAAUAGUGUGGAACAUAUGUCUGUUGCCGAGGCAACCCAGUUAAUGAAGUGUGGACCAGAGGAGGUGAUCAAGCUGGAGAUCUUGCCUGUCACCCAUCUGGAGUACAAGGCAUCCCGGGAGGCGCUGACCAAAACAGGUGAUUUAAAUAUCCAGUUGCCGCCAUCCAUUUCCUCCUUCAAUGGCUUUGGGACCCUCCCCAGCCGCAGCUACAACACCCUUGGGUCCUCAGCGUCCGCACCCUUUGGCACUCUGCCGUCAAGGGGCUCGGGGCGUAGCAAGAAGAACUGGACUCGAUCGGACAGAAAGAUAUCCUCUUGCAUGUCCAUCGCCUCCAACACCACAUCCGUCCUGACCGCCAACAACCAGGUGUGUCACCCUGAAGCCACUGAGGUCAUGUUGUUCUGUGACAAGAAGGGCCUCGGGAUCCAGCUAGAAGGGGGUGUCUUCUCCACAGCCACCUUGUCCGAACCUCCAGUCAUCGCCUACAUCGACCCAAACAGCCCAGCUGAGCAGUGUGGAGUGAUCCAGGAAGGAGAUCGCAUCCUGACUGUCAACGGCGUGGACCUGUCGGACAAGACUCUGGAGGAGGUGAACCAGUUGCUGAGAGACUCGCGGCCGAGGUGUAUGAUGGAGAUAGAGUUUGAUGUGGCAGAAUCAGUUACACCAAGUUCCGGAACCUACGUUGUUCGCAUUCCGAAGAAACCCGGAGGUCUGGGCAUGACCAUCAUUGCUCCAUCUCAGCGGAAGCAGGGAGACCAGCUCAUCAUCACGGGUGUGAGGAAAGGCAGUGUCUCAUACAGAUGCGGCUCGGUGCAGCCUGGUGACAAGCUGUUGGCCGUCAAUGACAUCCGCAUGGAGAACUGUACAGUGGAGGAUGCUAUUACUCUGCUGGAGUCUUCCGAUGACAUCAUCAAGCUCAAACUGAAGAGGGAAGACCCUUAUGCAGAGGACAACACAGAAGGCUGCGUGACGUACACAGUGGAGCUGCAGAGACAUGGGGGACCGCUGGGAGUGACCAUCACCGGCACUGAGGACCCUCUUGACCCCAUCAUCAUCUCGGACCUCGUCGAAGGGGGACUUGCAGAGAAGACGGGUGCUAUUCACAUUGGAGAUCGUCUGCUGGCUAUAAAUGGGAAGCUGACCAGAGCGAAACCUUUGUCUGUGGCCAUCAACAUGCUGCAGAUGGCCGGAGAUGUGGUCACUCUCAAGAUAGCCAGGCCUAUGCUGAUGGGAUCUAAACAUAGAUUGCUGCAACUGUAUGAGGGAGAGGAUAUGAAGCCGGCCACGCCCAUCCCCAGCGUGGAUAGUGCUCUGGAGUCGUGGGACAGUUCCGGACAGGAUAUCGGUCACAGCCAUCUCAAUGGGAACUCUCAACCUCUGGUCGUUGCAGUACCGCAGCCAAGGAACAAGAAAAUGAUGGACUUGAUGCGACCGAUGUCGACAGACUCAGCAGGGGUCCUGGAAGGUAGCGGGGAAGGAAUGGCAGACAUGCACAUGUCUGACGAAGAAUGGGAUAACGACUCAGGCAGUGACUGCUCCAGCUUCGAGCCUGACGAGUGGGCCAAAACUCUCGCCGACUUUGAGAAAGGAUCUGGUUCAGAGAUGUUGCGACAGAUCGGACUGAGCCUUCGAGAACGCAGCUGUGCCAGUUUGGAUCGCCGGUCACGUGCUUCGGACGAUGAUGCAAGGAAGCCGAGAUCACAAAGUGCAUGUAGAAUGAACCGGAGCGCCAUGUCGCAGGAUUGUAUCAGUCGGUAUAACAACUCGCAGGUGAAGUCACGGUCCAAGGAAUCGUUGCCGGCGUCACGCACCUUCCAGGAACACAUGCAGACCAUUUUCACGCCAAUGCCAAUACAGUUGCAUCGAGUGACGGUGGAGAAAGAUACCGCCGUGGAGGACUUUGGGUUCAGCCUGUCAGAUGGCAUGUACGAGAAGGGUGUGUUUAUCAGUGCUGUGAGGCAGGGUAGUGCGGCUCAGAGGGCUGGACUCAAGAUGUACGAUCGGAUCUUGCAGGUGAACCGAGUGAAGACGCGGGACUUCGACUGCUGUCUGACUGUUCCGCUGAUUGCCGAGGCCGGCAACAAACUUCACAUGGUUGUUUGUAGAAACCCACUUCUGAGACAGAAGCUAAACCAGAAGGAGUUGUACGUGACAGAGACACCCACUGCUGCCAACACCACGCAGUCUAGUGGCUUGUCCUGCAAAACUGUGUAACCAUAGCGACAUGUUUGCAAACUGUGACUACUCAUUGCUAUGGCUGUAAAAGAAUGUGUUGGAACAUCUCACAGUGCAUCGACUAUAUGGAACUUUUUUGAUAAACUUGUUCAGCCUGUUUAGUGGCUUUUUCUACAAAAUUGUGUAGCCAUGGCAACAUGACUCCAUUUCCCAGACAUCUUGUUGCUAUGGCAGCAAGAUAUUCUUGUGAAGCAUUCUCCAAAUACUUUGAUUUUAUUGCAAUAAGAUAUCUGGUGAUGCAGUCUGCAGUAUUAUGUGACAGUUGGUUACCAUGGCAAUAUGUAAAUCUAGGAACACUUUCUAAGUAAUUCUUUGGCCGUUAGUUGCUAUGGCAACAGGAACCUAGUUCUACAGAACAUGGUAUAAAUAAAGAAACAACUAAACUGUUUCAAUGAGGGCAAAAUGGUUUGUCAGCCAUGACAGUCGUGUAAUAUGUUGCCAUAGCAACUGCUAGAAAACAGUCAAGUAACCCAAUGAAAUCGUGACAUCAUUAUGAUCUAGUCACAGAUAGACAAGCAGGGUAAACAUGGCAAUGUUGUCAUUGUGCCUGGUCCUGCUAUGUGUCACCAUGACAACAAGCCAGGGUUCAAAGUUCAUCAGCAUUAUACAUAUUCAAUACUUACCCGUGACAUGUGGUGUCACUACAGUGUUCUUGUUAUCUGUAAUAAUUUAAAACUGAGAGAAGAUUGCGUGCAAGAUGAAUAAAUGGCCAAACUAUACCCAUCCUCAAAUCUCCAGUAUGUAUCUCCAUUCAGUUAUUAUAAAUACCCUGGCCCCAUUCUUUUUAAGCCAAAUUCAAAUUACACACGUAAACUUUAAGUCAGAUAAGAAAGAUGAGAGUUACGAUCACCUUAGCACUAUGACUGUCGUAAGUUAAGGUAUGGGAGUUAAGAUCAUCUUAGUGGUAGUUAUAAUAAACCUAUAGCACUGCACUGUGACUGUCGUAAGUUAUUGUAUUGGAGUUACGAUCAUCUUAGUGCUACAACUGUUAUAAGUAAAGGUAUGGGAGUUACGAUCACCUUAGCACUGUGACUGUCGUAAGUUAUUGUAUGGGAGUUACGAUCAUCUUAGCACUAU